AUGGCGGGCCCGUCGGACAAGAAGCGCGUCAAGGGGGCGCGCAUCACGCGGGCGUUCCGCAUUGGCAGCGAGGCGUGGAAGCUGGACGACAAGGAGCGGCCGGCAGGCAUCCCGGACGACCACACGACGGGGUGGCGCGUCUACGUCGAGAACAUUGAGGGAGGGCCCGACAUGGGGCUGUGGCUGAACAAGGUGCAGUUUAGCCUGCACGAGACGUAUCCGAACGCGAAGAGGAUGAUAUCCGCGCCGCCAUUCGAAGUCCGCGAGACGGGCUGGGGCGGCUUCACCGUCGAGAUACGGCUGUACUUCCAGCCGUACGUGGGCGAGAAGCACGCGGUGCGGUCGCACUACCUGUACCUAGAGCCGUACGGGGCGCCGGAGCAAGCGGAGCGGAUGAAGGCCGCCAACCUCGUCAAAGCGGAGAUCCUGGACUUUGUCGAGUUCAACGAGCCGACGGAGGCGCUGUACGCGGCGCUGACGGACGAGGAGCGGCAGUGGGAGGGGGGCAGCAGCAGCGCGGGGCCCGGAGGAGGGAAGGGCAGGGGCAAGGCGGCCGGCGUGGUCAUGGCGGGGAGUGCGGGGGCCAAGACGGUCGAGCUGCCUGAGCGCGGCAGCGAGAGCAUGCCGUAUAGUCGGCAGAUGGAGGAGAGCUUGCUGCGGCUGCUGCGGGGCGCGGAAGCGGACGUGGAGAGGCAGGUUGAGGAGCUGGCGAGGCGGAAGGAGGCGCUCGAGGGGCGGCGGCGCGACCUCGCUAGCACGGGGGAUCUGGAGGUGGGGAAGAAGAAGAAGUAG